AUGCGUCGCGCAACCCUCAUAGCCUCUCUCUUCUCGUCAAUCUCCCUCGCCGUCGCCAUCUCGCCGCUGAGUCUCCUCCGCGGCAUCCCUUCUUCGCCGUCCGCAGCGCUGCCCCUCCAUCCAGACCAAUAUCAAAGCCCAAUGAACCCAGGUCCUGUACAAGGUGGUGCCGAGCCAGAAAGCCCCAGUGGCGGCCGCGGCGGCGGCGACGGCGGUGCUGGCGACAAUACCCUGUCAAUUUCAGACAUACUGCCUCAAACGCGGAAAAUCAACAUUUUUGCCUCCCUCACACGAGACAUCUCCAGCGUGACAGGCCGCCUGGAAUCGACGAAGCCCGAAGAUAACACGACGCUCCUGGCUCCUUUGAAUAGUGCAAUGCAGGCUCUGCCGCGGAAGCCCUGGGAAGACAGACCGGGGGACGAGGGUGUGAGUGCCCAAUACAACGAGGACAAAGCGGCACAGAACCUUCAAAGGUUCGUGGAAGAGCACGUCGUUCCACUGAGUCCCUGGAAGGAAGGGGAGAAGAUCAAGACUCUGGGCGGGCAGGAACUGUGGUGGGAACACAACGGUGACGGAGAGAGGGUUAUUAAACCUGGAAAUUUGGUGGUUGACGGUGUCGUCGGCAGGGUGGGCAAUGGUGAGAUCUGGGCUGUGAAGGGAGUGGUCAAUUAUGCAUAG